CCCUUUAUUGUCACAUGAUCAUGUUAGGUUGAGCAAAGUUGUAAAACAGCACCUGACGAAGAUAAGACUCUAACAGAAAGAUAAGACUCUAGCAAAAAAAUUCUACCAGUAACGUUAUUAGCUUUGUUAUUUACAUGGAACAGAUCGUUGGACCUUGAUCGUGUUGAAGUCACUGGCGUCUGUGUUUGUCUUUUCAUUUUCAAAAAACCUGCAGGUUUUCAUAGUCUCCAAAGCAAGGCUUCCCCCUUUCAUAAUGACUGACCCUCAGCCAUCUGUGCUUCUCAACACUGGGACUCGGAUGCCUCUAUUGGGACUGGGUACUUUCCGUUUGAAGGGGCAAGAGGACACUUACAAUGCUGUGGACGCUGCUUUGACAGCUGGUUACCGUGCCUUUGACACUGCUGCAGUGUACCGUAAUGAGGCACAUGUAGGUCAUGCCCUCCGUUGCCUUCUGCCCAAGCAUGGCCUCUCACGAGAAGAUGUGUUUAUUACUAGUAAACUGGGUCCCAAAGACCAGGGCACCAAAGCUAGGGAUGGUUGCCUGAGGAGCCUGGAUCAGUUGGGAUUGGGCUACAUUGACCUAUAUCUUAUUCAUUGGCCAGGUACGCAGGGGCUGCAAGUGGGGGAUAAACGAAACCCCGAAAACCGUAAUGAAAGCUGGACAGUUUUAGAGGAGUUUUACUUGGAAGGAAAAUUUCGGGCCAUUGGGGUGUCGAAUUACACAGUAGCACACAUGCAGGAGCUGCUGAAGAGCUGUAAAGUGCCCCCAGCGGUUCUUCAGGUAGAGUUCCACCCAAAGCUGGUCCAAAAGGACCUUAGGACACUUUGUAAGGAAAGAGGGGUGUGUUUUCAAGCAUACUCAUCUCUUGGAACAGGGCUUCUGUUAUCAGACCACGUGGUUCUGGAUUUAGCUAAAGAGUAUGGGAGGACACCAGCACAAGUGUUGCUGAGGUGGGCUGUACAACAGAACAUUCCAGUACUGCCAAAAUCAUGUCAGCCAGACCGUGUGGAGGAGAAUGGGCGUCUGUUUGACUUUGAGAUUAGCGAGAAGGAUAUGGAAAGGCUCUCUGCUCUUGAUUGUGGGGAGAAGUUCUGCUGGGAUCCAACACAAGUGUCUUAAAGACAACAUCCCAAUGGAUUUUCAAUGACUCGUGAAAUUCCAAGGCUGUUCAUAUGUAUUAUUUACUUCCCACAAUACACGUCUCUUUUUCAUGCUUAGUUUUUGCAUGCUGCAUUUUUUAUUUAAUAUUUAUUUUUUACAAAUUUAAAAUGUAAUUGCAAAAGAGAUGUUUUGAUGCAAACAGUUUAUUAAACCAGAUUUGGAAACAAAGACAUUUUGAUAUAUAUAGCGCCAAAUACAGUAUUACCAUGAAGAACAGUGCUUACGUUUUACACUAGUGCUGCCAAGUAAGAGGAACCUUUGCUUAAAGUGGUUCAUUAGAGUUUUUUUAUUAGGUUAUUCUUGUUACAAACAACAAAAUAACAUCACAAUAUUUUUUUUUAAAACGAAUUAAAAAAGUUACAAGGCAUUGAAAAUCUGUUUUUAUUUUCAAGUAAUUCCAGUUAUGAUGGUCUCCUCUGUUCUUGCUUUCAUGAGUAAUCAGACCCAGUCUUGUUUUUUGGGCUCUUGUGCUUAUUGGUAUUGUUGAUUGCAGAUGAUUCCAAGAGAUUUUAUGACUCGGAGAUGGUAAUAAAACUCAAGGGCUCCUAUAAGUAUCCAAAGUCUUUUUACAGAUAAAAAAAUGUACAGAAAAAAUGGUUAAUAAAUUCUUUAACAAUU